AUGGAGGACAACAAAAUCAAGGCCUACCGCCUCAUCGGCUAUGCUGCUGUCUCCCUCUCAGCCGUCGGAAUUCUUUCCGUCUGCAUCACUCUUCCACUCGUCUACUCCUACGUGAGCAACCUCCGUUCCCAAAUGCAUUCGGAGCUCCGUCACUGCCGUGACACCGUCAACACCGUCUACGCUACCGCCGUCGCCAUGCCUGCUCUUCCCGGGAGGAUCAACCGUACCGCCCGUCAGGCCGGAUACGAUGUUGCCGUUCAAGACGCACCAGCUCAAGAGGCCGGAUCUUGCGAUGGAUGUUGCUUGCCAGGAGCCGCUGGACCAGUCGGAGCAGCCGGACGCCCAGGAACUCCAGGACGCCCAGGAGCACCAGGAGCCCCAGGACAUCCAGGAAAGCCACCACAAUCACCAUGUGAGCCAUUGACUCCACCACCAUGCCCAGCUUGCCCACCAGGACCACCAGGAGCUCCAGGAGCACCAGGAAAGCCAGGAGCAGAGGGACCACCAGGAGCCCCCGGACACGAUGGACCAAACGGAGGACCAGGACAACCAGGACAACCAGGACCACACGGACCAAAUGGACAUCCAGGAAAGCCAGGACCACAAGGACCACAAGGACCACCAGGACACUCCGACGAGCCAAAACCAGGACAACCAGGACAGCCAGGACGUGCUGGACCACGUGGACCACGUGGAGUCGCUGGACUCAAGGGCAAGGACGGAGCUCCAGGAGCACCAGGACAACCAGGACCACGUGGAGGAGCAGGAGAGCCAGGACAAGAUGGAGCUCCAGGACAACCAGGAGUUCCAGGAGCCGAUGGAACUCCAGGAGAGAAGGGAAUCUGUCCAAAGUACUGCGCCAUCGAUGGAGGAGUCUUCUUCGAGGACGGAUCAAGACGCUAG